GAUGGAUAAUGAGCUAAUUGCUGUAAAACAUGUUUUCUUCCGGGACGGCCAUCAUGGCGGAGAAGGGGACGUAGUACAGAAACUUCUCGACGACAAUGACUCAGAUUCACUUGUUUGCAAUGUCGUUGCCCGGUAGAACGCCAUAAUUUUGAGAGAAGAGAAAUCCAAGAACGUCAGGAUGCCGUUCGUUCUGCUGGACCGCGUUCCGCUGCCGAGCCUAAAGGCCUACACGGCUUGCAGUAUCGCGCUGCUUGGCUUCUGCCUGAUGUACGCACACAAACAGGUGACACUAGAGGGGAGGGGGUUGGAGGACCUGAACCCGCCCCCUCCCCAGGAACCCACGGGGAUGGACGCCCGCUGGUGGGCGUGGGGGAAGGAUGUGUUAGGAGCGAACCCCAUCCCUGAUCCCGUGCAGAUAGAACUGAACCGGACUAUUUACACCAAGGCCAUGAUGUCGGUGAUGUUGGAGGAGACGUGGUGUAUAUGGACAUGGAUCAACACUGCCUACUGUUGCCUGAUCCUCCUGGGGAAGGCCAUCCAGUGUCUGGUGUUUGGAGAUCUGAGAGUCUCCGAGAGACAGCACAUCAAGGACAAGUUCUGGAACUUUGUGUUCUACAAGUUCAUCUUCAUCUUCGGGGUCCUGAAUGUCCAGAACAUGGAGGAGGUUGUGAUGUGGACAGCCUGGUUCACCCUGCUGGGGUUCCUGCACAUCAUGACACAGCUGUGCCGGGACCGCUUCGAAUACUUGUCGUUCUCCCCCACGACCCCGAUGGCGACGCACGCCCGUGUCUUGGCCCUACUGUCCGCUGUGCUGCUCAUCUGCAGUGGGCUGAUGGGUGUGUGUAUCCUGGUGGGGCUGGAGGCUGGGCUGAACACUGCCGCCUUCAUGGGGGCUGAGUGUCUUCUCCUGUUCAUCAAGACGACAUAUGUCAUUGUCAGGUAUGCUAUUCACCUGUACGACGUGACCAACAUAGGGACAUGGGAGAACAGAGGGACAUACGUGUACUACAGCGAACUGGUCAUGGAGCUGACAGCACUCAUCGUCGACUUCUGUCACCACCUACACAUGCUGACGUACCGCUGGCUGAGAAUAUUCUGGAGGUACCAUCUGUUCGUCAGGUCAGAUAGCAGCGGUAAGGAGAAGCUCUUACCCACCAGGGAGCUCAGGUUGUGGGGAAACAUCUUCCUGUCCAUGGCCAGCCUGGUGAUCUGUAUGCAGCUGCGCUACCUGUUCCACGAGAUCCAGCGCCGCAUGCGCAAGCACAGCAACUACCUACGGGUGGUCAACGGCAUGGAGGCAAGGUUCCCCAGUGCGACCCAGGAGGAGCUGACUGCCAACAAUGAUGACUGUGCGAUCUGCUGGGAUCACAUGGACACUGCCAAGAAGCUGCCCUGUGGACAUCUCUUUCACACGUCCUGCCUCCGCUCCUGGCUGGAACAUGACACCUCCUGCCCGACCUGCCGCAUGUCACUCAGCAUCUCCGACAACAACGGCAACACCAACAACCCCCCGCCCCCACAGAACCUGCCCCUCAACCCCCCACCCCUGCUCGGGGCCCCGCCCCCGGACAUGAACGCCCAGGUGGUGAACCAGAGAAAUCACUUCUUCCACUUUGAUGGAUCUCGUUUUGCGAGCUGGCUGCCAAGCUUCUCUGUUGAAGUGAUGCACACCAACAUGGUGGGGCCACAGCACGCAGCCAACUCCCAGCUGGACGCUAUGGCACACCAGGUGCAGCAGAUGUUCCCACAAGUCCCUCUCAACAUCAUCCUGGAUGACCUCCGUUUGACCCGCUCCAUGGAGAUCACCACAGACAACAUCCUGGAGAGCCGCAUCAACAUCCCGCUAGCCGCGACCGUCCGCCGCGGGGCCGACAACGCAGCGGAGUUCCCGACACAGCAGGCGCAACACGGCGGGGCGGACAUCCCCAUAAAUGUUAGCCAUGAGAAUCUGGAUGAUGACGACGAUGAUGAUGAUGAGGACAUCUCUCUCAUCACAGACAGUGAGUCAGUAGAAGUUUCUGAGGAGGAGAGUGAAGAGGAGAGGGAGAUGGGAGACAUGGCUGCAGGAGGAGCCAGUUUAGCUGCAGCAGGGGACAUGUCUGCAGAGAUGGAUCUGGACCAGGCUGUGUUUGGUGCAGCAAGCAGCAGCUAUGAAGCCAGUGGGGACAGCAGUGGUGCACACGGGAGUGCAGGGCCGCUGGAGGGGCUUGGGUCACGCUUCUCCAAGUCACCAACAGAACGGGAGCGGAUGUUAGCGGAUAGGAAAUCAGCGCUCAUGGAGCAGGCUAGAAGAAAAUUUAUUGAACGGGAAAUAGGAACGCAGGGAGUAGAAGGCUUGGAAGACAUCUUCAGACUGUCGUCGUCAGCUCAGCUGGAAGGUAGAACAGAGGACGAAGUGUCCGUCCGACGGCGAAUUCUCGCUGCCGCGGCCGAGAGACGACUACUACAGCAGUGAUCGCCCCUCCAACUAGCAAAGAUUCUCAAGUAUAGAGCUUAUAUUUGAAGUAUGGAUAUAAAGACGUCAUGUUACAAAAAAAUGCUGGAUGCUGUCACAGUAUACUACUACUAUGAGUAUCAUUUCACACUCAAGUAUUACCAACUACAUGUACAAUAUGCAUUAGCUUUUUACAGUUACUCAAUACUUAAAGAAUACUUAUAGUACACAGUGCAGAUGACAAAAGUUGUAACACAUGGUAUUGCUUUUAUAUUGUAUUGACAUAUACAAGAUAGUUAGAUCCUACCAGAGAGAAAAAAGAUGUUCACUUUGAGGACUGGUAAAAAUAGUGCAUUGUGUGUGCAUAGGGGUAGCACCAAUUGUUAUUUCUGCUUCUGCUGCUCAGGGGUGUUCAUACUGAAGGUUUACACUUACGACAUACAGCCUGUAAGUUCUCAUAUAUUGGUAGAAGUUGUACUUCGGAUUAAACAACUGUAUGUUCAAGACAGAUUCCUUCUAAAGACGGAACAAUCAAAGUUAUGCAUGCAUGGAUGUCAUACUUAUACCGGUUUGUGGGGUUGAAAAUUGAGAAGUUGUUUCUUUUAUAUUGAAAAGAGUAAGAUAUUCAUGAAAUAAAGGGGUACUACCGUACUAGUAUUUAUUGCAAUUGAGCCAAUAUUUAGGUAACAAUUUGCUCAAUCGUGUUUCUAAAUGUCUUAAUAUGAAACCUGCUUCACUUCAACACACAGAGGCUGUAAUGUACACUGAGAUGUAGAGAUUAUGUAAAAUAGUUAUUAUGUAUGAUAUUAUGUUGAACUUGUUUGUGAUGCAAAAUGUAUCAAGAAUUGAUUAUAAAA